AGAUGUCGAGUGCUUGGGGCGAAAAUAAAAGCAGAUCCAAGACUCGAAGCCCAAUUUGUAACAAAUAUGGUAGUGAGGGGCCCAGCCCAUUCUCAGUUUGGUGGGAUAACUCCUCACUCGCAUAUAGUACCUUUGCGGAAGCUAACUCCGGCGGCCGUGGGCGAGUUCUCCAUGAAGACAAAGCCAAAGAAACCCACGCUAAGCUGAAGACAAAGAAUCCGAACCAGAUAGCUGGGAUUAAGAAAUCAGAUACGGAAGAAGAAGAACAAAAAGAAAGGCAUGGGCGUGGAUUACUACAAGAUUCUCCUGGUAGACCGGAACGCCAAGGACGAUGACCUGAAAAAAGCGUAUCGGAAGCUAGCCAUGAAGUGGCACCCCGAUAAGAACCCCACCAACAAGAAAGAAGCCGAAGCCAAAUUUAAACAAAUCUCCGAGGCUUACGAUGUUUUGAGUGAUCCGCAAAAGCGAGCAGUGUAUGAUCAGUACGGAGAGGAGGGGUUGAAGGGGCAGGUUCCACCGCCUGGUGCCGGUGGGUUUCCGGGUGGGACUGAUGGCGGACCGACAUCGUUCCGGUUCUCCACGAGAAGUCCCGACGAUAUCUUCUCUGAGCUUUUCGGGUUUUCGAGUUUCGGAGGAAUGGGCGACUUCGGUAGUGGGUCCCGCGCCGGCGGGUCAGGGUUUUCGAGGAGUAUGUUCGGGGACGAUAUAUUCACUUCGCUUAGAGGUGGAGGCGGGGAGGCCUCAGGGAACGUGCCCAGGAAAGCCGCUGCGAUAGAGCGCACGCUGCCGUGUAGUUUGGAGGAUAUGUACAAAGGGACUACGAAGAAGAUGAAGAUUUCGAGGGACGUUAUCGAUUCAAGUGGGCGACCCGCCACAGUUGAGGAAAUUCUUACCAUUGACAUCAAGCCAGGUUGGAAGAAGGGCACAAAAAUCACCUUUCCAGAGAAGGGACAUGAACAGCGAGGUGUCAUACCUGCAGACCUCAUCUUUAUUAUUGACGAGAAGCCUCAUAGUGUCUUCAAGAGGGAUGGCAAUGAUCUAAUUGUCACCCAGAAGAUAUCGCUUGUGGAGGCUUUGACGGGUUAUACAGCACAGCUAACAACCCUUGAUGGUCGAAAUCUGACAGUUUCCAUCAACUCCAUCAUUAGUCCCACUUAUGAAGAAGUUGUUAAAGGAGAGGGGAUGCCAAUCCCCAAGGAUCCAUCCAGAAAAGGGAACUUGAGAAUCAAAUUCAACAUCAAGUUCCCUAGCAGGCUUACAUCAGAGCAGAAAUCGGGUAUCAAGCGAUUGUUAACGUCGUCGUAAGGACUGGUAGUGAUUCACCCUACAAAUCUUCCGACCUCCUGUAAACUUUCAUUUAUUUUCUCUGCUAGUUUAUAUGCUGGAGAGAAAUUUCAUGCUCUGCUGAGUUGAGGAUUUCAUAGAAAAAUUUUAUAUUGUUCAUCUUUUUCUCAUUUCCCGUGUCCGCUCUCUUUGGUUUUUUAAAUCGCUGUACACCACAUCAGUGAAGAAUAAAAUAAUUAAAUU